UUACUGAACUGAACUGACUGGAUGCAGAAACCAAAAACACUUGUAGCAAAAUGCGACGCGAUGACCAAUGAACAUGUUAGGAGCUGUAAGCUUAUUGGCUACCGUGUUACAUUUUGCAGCGCUAUAAACAUUUUCACAUUCAGUGUGUAGGAUAUUUAAGCGUUUAUAUUAUAAAAAAAAUUGAAUUUUCUACAAGCUUUUUCCCACUUUAACGUUUUCUCUAUUGAGAAGCGAUAAAGUUUCUUAUUGACUGUUAGAAAUAUAUGCGCAAGAAUCAUCUGAGUUUCUUCUCAACCAUUGAGUAUAAUUUUGCGCAAGCGCACAUCUGAGUUUCUUCCAUCCGUUGAAUAUUCUCUUCAAUUUUAUGUUUUAUGACAAAAACAUAACCUAAUAGUAACUUCCUGAGUGUUGUCAUCAAGUCGUAUUUUGAUUACAAAUGUGUUAGAUUGAGUAUUUUUAACUCAAUGGCAAAUGAUCGGGAGGUACUUCGAGAAAUCUGGGACGGAAAGAUCCCAGUCUGUUUUACUCUCAACUCUGAAGAAAUUUGCGACUUGCAAGGACCAGAUCCAUUUUACUUGAUGGUACCUAGAUUAAGUUAUUUUCCACUGUGUACAGAAAAGGUUCGAAAACAUUUCAUACGUCAUAUACAAAGUGACAGUAAACAAGAGCAUGAGAUGUGGCUGGAAUUUAAUGGAAUUCCAUUAAAAUGGCACUAUCCAAUUGGUGUUCUACUAGACAUUUAUUUUAAUGACAUUCAAUUACCUUGGAAUAUUGUCGUUCAUUUUGAUAAGUUUCCAGAGAAUGUUCUAAUGCACUGUCAAAACAAGGAAAUUGUAGAGGCACAUUUUCUGUCUUGUAUAAAAGAAGCUGAUGUUUUGAAACAUAGAGGUCAAAUUGUUUCUAGUAUGCAAAAAAAGGACCAUACCCAAUUAUGGAAUGGCAUUAUGAAUGAUAAAUUUGAUCAGUUCUGGUCUGUAAAUGGAAGGCUUAUGGAAGCCAAUACUGAAGAGGGAUUUAAAUAUAUACCUUUCCGUUGUUAUACAAGUGAAGAUAAAUAUAUACAAAGACUCAUAAAACCAAUGAAUGAAGAAGGCCAAAGAAAGACUUUAAAGCAUUUGUUAAAUGAAGUGUUUCCGGAUCAAGAAAAUGUUACAGUGCGUACUCACGGUAUUAUACCACCGUUAGAGACGCCGCUUCAGUGGAUGUCAGAACAUUUAAGUUAUCCAGAUAACUUUCUACAUUUAAUUGUAGUCACGUCAUAAUGUUUAAGGAAACAGAUAAUUUCAUUCUCUCAAUGAUGAAAUCGUUUUUCUGUGAUUAUUUUGUUUUAACAUAAUUUAUAUUG